AUGUCUCCAACAGACGGCGAAAGCGCUUCUGGCGCUCACAAAUACCAGAGAAUCGCAUCGCAACCAGAGAAUCCGUUUUCGCAGCUCAUUUCGGACCAGGAGAUUGCAAUUAUUCCUUCCUUUACACUUGAGUCAGGAGCCGUCCUGCACAAUGUGCCAGUUGCAUAUACUUCUCGGGGCCAACUCUCUCCAAACCGUGACAACGCUCUAGUCAUCUGUCAUGCAUUAAGCGGCAGUGCCGAUGUCGCAGACUGGUGGGGUCCUCUCAUUGGGGGCCCUGGUCAAGCAUUCGAUAUCACUCGCUUCUUCGUCAUUUGUCUCAAUAGUCUAGGCAGUCCUUAUGGGAGUGCCAGUGCCGUAACGUAUAGGGAUGGCGAUCCUACGAAAGGCCAAUAUGGGCCCGAGUUUCCAUUGACCACCAUUCGGGACGACGUGAGGAUUCAUAAAUUGGUUCUCGAUGACUUGGGUAUUAAGCAGAUUGCAGCUGUCGUCGGAGGAUCUAUGGGGGGAAUGCUUACACUUGAAUAUGCAUACUUUGGGAAAGAUUAUGUUCGCUGUAUCGUCCCAAUUGCCACAUCUGCCCGUCACUCCGCAUGGUGUAUUAGUUGGGGUGAGGCCCAGCGUCAGUCCAUAUACAGCGACCCCAAGUACGAAGAUGGCUACUACUCUUUUGAUGACCCCCCCGCAACAGGUUUGGGAGCCGCCCGUAUGUCAGCUCUUUUGACCUACCGCAGUCGCAAUUCUUUCGAGUCAAGAUUUGGCAGGAAUGUGCCCGAUCCCUCGAAACGACAGAAUAUUAACGGCACAACGUCCCCGUCGCCACCAAAUGAACACUGGGUUGUACACAACGAUGGCCACAGAAAUUUGCGCCCUUCGCGUUCCUCCAGCCAGACUGGUUCACCUCAGACGCAAACAGAGAUCGAAUUCACUGAUCCUCAAUUCAAUGGUACCACCACUUUCACGGCAUCGCUUCCAACUCCCAAACCGACUCGCCCAUCAACGUACUUCUCUGCUCAGUCAUACCUCAGGUAUCAGGGAGAGAAAUUCGUUAAGAGAUUCGAUAGCAAUUGCUACAUUGCAAUCACCCGCAAGUUGGAUACCCAUGAUGUAUCCCGCCAUCGUGCAGACCCCAAUUCCACCUCUCCAGUACAAGAAGCCUUGUCUCAAAUUGAGCAGCCUGCAUUAGUCAUGGGUAUCGAGAGUGAUGGCCUGUUUACGUUCGAGGAGCAAAAGGAGAUCGCGGCUGGCAUUCCAAAUUCUCGGCUGAAGGAAAUUGAUAGCCCCGAGGGUCACGAUGCGUUCCUUCUCCAGUUCCAACAGGUCAACUCAUACAUUCUGGAAUUUUUUAGAGAGGUAUUGCCAGAUAUAAUGUCGAAGCCCGAUAACCAAGGCAGUCUUUCUGCAGACACCGUAGGAAAGUUAACCAAGAGCAGCACUUUCGGUGAAGCGGAAGUCGAGGACAUCACCGCUUGGUGA